AUGCGACGCACGUCGGAAGAAGGUGCCCGAGUGGUCGAAGAUACGUGGUUUGCUCGGUAUCCUCGACCCAAGAAAGUAGUCACGGACAACGGUCCGGAGUUCAAACUGGAAUUCAUUGCGAUGGUGAAAAAGAAUGGUGCAGUGCAUUGCUACUCAUCCCCUCGUAAUCCACAAGACAUCCUGGCCGUGCAACGACACCGUCAAUCCUUGGUUGACAAACGUUUGCUGCGGGCCAAUGCUAAACGCAUUUCCUAUGACUACGCGGUCGAUGAUCUGGUCUACAAGCGUGCGUAUCUCGGUCUCAGUGAUAAGUUGAAGCCUAUGGCUUCUGGUCCCUACCGUGUUUCCCGCGUUCAUACCAAUGGCAAUGUAACGAUUCAGCUCAGUCCUCACCAGUUCGAGCGCCUGAACAUUCGGCGCGUGUUUCCAAAGCAUCCAGUACCUCCGGUUGCCACCGGUCCGGGUUAUUGA